AUGACUGACUGCAAACAUCAUUCACUGAAAGUUAGGGUGAUCGGUUUACUUGUAAUUAUGACAGUGACUUUAUAUCUUGCUGUUGAGUUAAAUUUGUUUAUCUCUGAUCAGUAUGUGUUUUACAGCGCUGUCACGGAACAAGGUCUUCCCUACUAUACAAAGGAGGAAAGACAACGAUAUAAAAAUAUAUCAGAUUUGGAUAAACAUAAAUUGAAGUUGGCUCAGAAAAAAGCCGCAACUCUUGAAGCGGCUUCAAACUCAGUUCGUAUAACAAUUGGAUUGAUUACCACUUUAUUAGUGGGUUAUUUGUCUGAUCGAUAUGGUCGUCGAGCAGCGUUUGGAAUUUUAAUAAUCGGUGAAAUUUUGCAUAUUGGUAUAACUGGUCUUAUUGUGUUGUUGAAGCUGAAUUUGUGGCUGAUUUUAAUCCCCGGACUUUUGGAAGCGAUUUUUGGUGGUGGUCUUUUGUCACUCUUUGCUCAGGUUGCCACUAUCCAGGUAGACGUUUGUCAUCUAUCCAAGAUGCAUUCAACGGAAAAAACAGAUGGAAAAAAUGUAAAGUCCUCUGAUAAACAAAUGUGGAUAUUAUUUACAAUUUUUGACGGAAUAGCUGCAUUAUGUGUAUCAGCAGGAUCACCGAUUGGAGGAGCUUUAAUAUACCACUAUGGAUUUCAAGUAGCCAUGUUCACAUCAUUAGGUUUACUCGUUCCAAGCUUAAUUUUAAUAUUCUGUUUACCCGAGACGCACAAAAACAGAAGCAAAAUAAUUGCUUUACCGGACAAACAGCCUAUUGAUGAAGAAAAGAAUGAUGAUCUAAAUGAUGAUACUCGUAGCAUUCAAAUGGAAUUUGAAAAGACGUUGACAAGCAAAGUUACAGAAGCAUUUCAACGUGUGAAAACUUUAGAUCCUGUCGUGACUAUGAUUUUGUCAAUGGUCCUACUUGGUUCAGUGUCAGCUUUGGCGGACUUACAGUAUGUUGCUGUUUAUUUAAUGGGUCCUCCAUUCUUGUGGAGUCCGGAAACAGUUGGACUAUAUUCUGGCGUAACUGAUGUGACAGCAGCUCUUCUCUCAGUCAUCUGUACUGUUUUGAUCAUCAAAUGUGACGAAAAGCGAAAAGCAAAAGCUCUCACAGAACAAAAUGCCACAAAACACAGUCAAGCAAAUCUUUAUACACGUCAAAUGAAUUUACUUAUUACAGUUUUCGCUGUAUCAAUCAUAAUGUUAAUGGUGAAUCGUUCAGUGGUCGGAGUAGCUUAUCGAUUUCAACUACCAACUGCGAAUAUUCUAAUUUAUAUCGCUUCCAUUCCAAGAUUGACGAAAAGCUUUCUUGUUCCAAUAAUUCGAACAAUGCUUUCCAUUAGUAUCCACUCAAGUAAACAAGGUUUUAUGCAAUCGAUUGCCGCAUUUGUUUCUCGAAUCGGUCUUCUCAUCAGUUUUACAGCACUGCCUGCAAUAUAUGCUGGAACCGUACUGACGUUUCCAGGAACAGUAUUCAUCAUUGUUGUCAUAAUAAUGUUAAUAACACUCAUUAUUGACUUAGUAUUACCAUUGGUGAUGAAGAAGCAAAAUUCCAAAUUGAAAGAUGAUGAUGAAUUAAACAAUCUUCAUAAUGUAAAAGAAGUAGAAGAAGGUGAAGAGACAAAAUCAGAUAAUAUUCCUAAUUAUUUCGGAGAUGCGUUUUGAUCAUUUCUUAUUUCAUCUAUUCAUUUCAAAAAAAGUGUAUAACAGAAAACUUACCUUAAGUAUUAUUUCCAAAAGAAAAGAUAAUUCUACUGAAUCGCCUACAAAAAUUGUAAUAAAAAAUUUUUUUCUAUGAUUUUAUCUUUCUAAAAGUGAAAAAUUUGUUUGAUGUUGCAAAUAUGAUUGUCAAAUAGUUGAAAUGUUUGUCAGUUCACUAUGAAGAUAUGAUAUUGAUUUUGUCAUAUAACAUUGAAAUGUAGCCAUUUCAAUGAAAUAAUCAUUACAGGUUGUCUUGGUGAUAAAUAGUUUUUAUGAAUCAAGCUUUCAAUAUUGUAAUUCAUCAAUAACAUAUUCGAAGCUUAUGAAAACCAUAAUUCCUGUGAAAGUCGAUGUAAUGUUAUUUUAAGUUAAAAAAUAGCUUUCCUACAUAUUGAUUUCACUUUGACUAUCUAAAGAUUGAAGUGCUAUACAAUGCCGUUUUCUCUUUUUACGUUACUUAACACGUUGUUCUUGUGAAUUAAUAUUUCAUUUGAACCCAUACUUAGUUUGUCAUGAGUCGAUAUUUCAUAACUGGAGAUUUAAACUCGUUGAUUAAGAUGUUCCUAGUCUUCUUAUGCCAGUCAACUAACCCAAUGAAAACGAUGCAGCUUUACUGUGCUGUGUGUAGUUACUGAUAAUUGUUUGUAAAAUGAUUCUUGGCAUUUUGUUUAUAUUCAGUGGAGGCCAUUUACUCCUAUUCUUAUGUAUUUACAUGCUUGUUUGUUGGCAGAUGUGGGAGAAUGUCUUGGACAGAUAUAAGAAUUCUUUUGUCAUUAGCAACAGUCAAUAAAAACACUUAAUCCUGUAAAAUACUCAGUCGCCAUUAUUUAAAUGAUAGCGUGCAUGAAGAAUAUCAGAUGCUCACUGGCCAAAUAUCCAUCUUUCAUAACGAAAUCAAUGGACGGGUUUACUGCGCAGCAGUUCGUUCCGUCCUACUU